GCCGUUUGAUCGGGGUGGAGGUGAAGGUGGUCGUGGUGACCGUGGUGGUCGUUUUCGAGGUGAACGAGGCGGCCGUUUUCGUGGCGGUGAACGUGGUCGUUUUCGGGGUGAACGACGAGGUCGAGGUCGUGGCCGUCCUUCGGACAGUGGAGGAGAUUCGUCAUGGCCUCCGUCAUCGUCUGAAAAUCGAGAUUUUUGGCCAGGCGCAAGCAGCACAUCAAACGAUGGAUGGCAAGCUGCAGAAACAUCGAGCAAAGAUAAAGAUGAUUUCUGGUCAGCUGCGAAGCGCUCUCCGGAAAGAAAAGAUGAUUCGGGUUGGCCCGGCGCUGAGAGUGACAAAAAGGACGGAGGCGAUGAUUUUGAAACUUAUAAACCAGGAGGUGCAAAAGGUGGCAGUGAUGGUGGAUUUGAUGCUUGGAAGCCGGGCGGAGCUGGUAAACCGAGUGGUGAUAGUUUCGAUGCGUGGAAAUCGUCUGAGCGCAAUGCCGAGAAAGGUGAUGAUAGUUUUGAUGCAUGGAAGCCAGCGCAUGAUACCCGAAAGGAUAACGAUGACUUCGAUGCUUGGAAACCAGGCGGAGGAGGUGAUAAGCAAAGUGGUGGCGGUUUUGAUGCAGGCAAGCCAUCAUCGAGCAGUGGUGGUGGUGAUGAUGAUUUUAAUACGU